AGACGAUGUGGAUGCUUCGAGAAAACCCAGUGCCCUUGAGUCUUCCUAGUCUGUCAGCGCGUUGUGUGGAAUGACUGACUGCUCCCAUCACUUUGUUCAAGUCGAUAAUGAUGGAGAAGCCCUACGCCGCAAGCCCCUUUGUCGAGGUGACGUAUGUAAAUCUCUCGGGCACUUCCCCUUCUCCCCCAAUCCAUCUCAGAAAAGAAGGCAACGCAGUUUUGUUAACUAAUGGUGUUUGGAUCCUCCAGAGUUUACAGACCUUGAGCCAAGGUAGCUAUCACAGCUGGGCUUCAACCCCAUCGAGGGUAAAAAAUAAAAUAAGACAAUGCUCUUCAGGCCAGAGAAUACCAACGGAAAGGGCAAGAAUGGUUUCCAUUGAACCCGGGUCCAUGGCCUCUCCUUGUGACGGACCAGACUUACACACCAGCACACGAAGAGUCGUACUAGAUCACAUUGGCACGUCAAACGUUGGACGCUUCGACGAUGAAGUUACAGAUCAUCAACGGGGGGUUAACCCAUCGACACGAACCUCUCGAGUGUCGUCUUCCAACGCAGCGCGAGGUCUACCAACUUCAGGGGAAACCAACAUGACAUUUGGCGUCCUGACUGAGCAGCUGAACACCGAAUCCAACGGCUACAUGGGAAUGCGCUUUCAGAGAGUACGAUCUCAACCCGUCCACGGGACCAAGUCAUCCGCUGCCGUGUGAACUGAUCUGUCAUUGCCGCUGAAGGGGGUAUAGACGAGGUGAUGUCCGUCUAAUCGCUGGGGACACUCCAAGAGGGUCGGGGCCACGGUCAUCGUCUUCCCAAAGGGGUAGACGACAAUCCUUUUCAACUACUCGCCUCUGGCAAAGUUUAUUGCCCGCCG